CGUGGAGAGAGAGAGAGAGAGAGAGAGAGAGAGAGAGAGACAGAGACAGAGAUGGACGCAGCAAAGGUGGCGCAGCUGAGGGCUUUCGUCGGCCACUGCAAAUCAGACCCGUCUGUUCUACACGAUCCUUCGCUAGGGUUUUUCCGAGACUAUCUCGAAAGUCUUGGCGUGCAGAUUCCUGCCAGUUCAGCUUCGAAAAGCCAUGUGAAACAAGAAAGUGGUGGCAUGCCAAGUACUGAAUUUGGUGAUGGUAAUAAGCCUAAACAAAAGACUGAAGACGAUGAUGAUGAGGAUGAAAUUGUUGAAUCGGAUAUCGAGUUGGAAGGAGAAGUUGUGGAACCUGAUGAUGAUUCCCCACAAAAGAUGGGAGAUCCCUCAGUUGAAGUUACUGAAGAGAACCGUGAUGCGGCACAAAUGUCCAAAGCAAAAGCUGUGGAUGCAAUAUCUGAGGGUAAAUUUGAAGAUGCAAUUGAUUAUAUAACAGAAGCUAUUACACUUAAUCCCACAUCAGCUAUUCUAUAUGCAACUAGAGCUAGUGUUUUUGUGAAGAUGCGCAAACCGAAUGCUGCCAUUCGAGAUGCUGAUGCAGCCUUGCAGAUAAAUUCGGAUUCAGCAAAAGGAUAUAAAUCUCGAGGUAUGGCGAAAGCUCUAUUGGGAAAGUGGGAGGAGGCUGCAUUUGAUCUACAUACUGCUUCAAAACUGGAUCAUGAUGAGGAGAUCCAUUCAGUGCUAAAAAUGGUUGAGCCUAACUUACAAAAAAUUGAAGAGCAUCACAAAAAAUAUGAGAGAUUGAAGAAAGAGAGAGAACAAAGGAAAGCUGAAAGACUGCGUCUACGUGCUGAAGCUGUGGAUCGUAAGGCUGAAUCUGAAUACCUGUCUGUUUUACAAGAUGUGUUUGAGGGAUUCGACUACACUUCAAAGAUCCACUGCUACGCUCCAUUACCUCUGACCCCCAGGACCACUGACAGAUGCAGCCACUUGGUAGAGGUUCUUAGGGAUUUAGUUUUCAGCGUUGACCCGAGAUCUCCAGAAUUUUGGAUCAAGUUUACUUCUUACGUCGACCGACUCACCAGCCUAAUGGCCAAUUUUGGGACGAGUAUCACUGAGCUACUCAUUUGGGAGGCGGUGUGUCGCGAGGCAGAGUUCUGCAUUUGGCGACGGAGAUCUCUCUCGAUCACCCGGGCCCCGUUUACACUUUCACAGUCGGAGGAGAUUGUUUCCAGUCGCAAGGCAAGGGAUGACGACAUCCACGAUCGAUUAGACUACAGUGAAGAGGCUCUGAGGAGACACUGUCAGAGUUCUUCUGACAUGACCCAGGAGUUAGACGGGCGGACAACUCACAUGCUGGAUCUCUUUAGGGACAUCAGGCAGGAGAUGUCCCGGUUGCUUCACAUACGGGAGGAACGUGACCGACUGGACCAUCUCAUUAGAAUGGAGGAGCAGCGUCAUCGGUCUUUACAACAAGAGAUGAUGGAGGCAGAUUCUUUACUAGCACAAGCCAUGGAGCAAUUUCAAACCGCCCAGUCAGAGUUUCAGACUUUAGCCGAGGUUACUGACAGGUUGGAGGGUUUAAAAGCUCGUCUCUUUUGACGUGUCCUCGUCUUUUUGUGGUCUGUACUCUUGUAGUGUCUUGAGUCCCAGUGUACUUGUAACUCAUGAUAAUUUUUAUUACAUAUUUGGAGGAUUUUUUUUCUUUUGUGUUGUUUAUGUUGUACUUCGAGUUGUGUUGUACUUUAAGCUGUAUUAUAUUUUGAGUUGUGUUUUAAAC